AUGGCUGCUACUGCUCCCCUCCGCCUCGGCUCCAAGGCCCCCAACUUCACGGCCGACACCACCAAGGGCAAGAUUGACUUUCACGAGUUCAUCGGCGACAACUGGGUCGUCCUCUUCUCGCACCCCGAGGACUACACCCCCGUCUGCACCACCGAGCUCGGCGCCUUUGCCAAGCUCGAGCCCGAGUUCACCAAGCGCGGCGUCAAGCUGAUUGGCCUCUCGGCCAACACCAUCGAGUCCCACGACGGCUGGAUCAAGGACAUUGCCGAGGUCACUGGUGGCAACGUCGGCUUCCCCAUCAUCGGCGACAAGGAGCGCCAGGUUGCUCUAGCCUACGACAUGAUCGACCACCAGGACGCCACCAACGUCGACUCCAAGGGCAUUGCCUUCACCAUCCGCUCCGUCUUCUUCAUCGACCCCAAGAAGACCAUCCGCACCAUCCUCUCCUACCCCGCCUCCACCGGCCGCAACGCCGCUGAGGUCCUCCGCAUCAUCGACUCCCUCCAGACCGGCGACAAGCACCGCAUCACCACCCCCAUCAACUGGGUCCCCGGUGACGACGUCAUUGUCGCCCCUCCUGUGUCCAACGAGGAGGCCGAGAAGCUCUUCCCCGGCUUCCGCAUCGUCAAGCCCUACCUCCGCUUCACCAGCCUGCCCAAGGCUUAA